UUUAUCCAAUUGGAAGCUUGAACGUCUCCAUAAUGACUUCACAUUUAAGAUCCCGAUUCGAUGAAAUAGGAAUAGCUGACUUUCGUCAAGUGCACAUAAAUGAUACCGCUCACCGCGUGGAGUGCCCUCCGGAGUGUAUGCUGGCAUACUGGUUCAGCCUGGAUACAGUUCGGCGGUUUUAUAGAACAUAACCUAUACUACGCUAUAAUUGUGACGAAUUUUCAUGUAUUUCUGAUCUUGACAUAUUGUAUGUUUUGAUUAAGACUAGAGUAAGCUACUCAAACAAAAAUAUUCAUUUAAAUAUUAGAAUAUGAGUUCUUUUCAGAAGAAAAGGCAAGGGGGUUAUUAUAAUCAAAACAAUUUUAAGAAGAAGCGCAAUUUUGUUUUGGAACCAGGUUUAAAGGGAUUUAUUUGUACGUGCAAUAGCAGAGAGAAAGAAUGUGUCAGAGAGGCAUAUAACAUACUUAACGAUUAUGCCGACCGGCUUUACGAAAAUGAGGAAAAGGUGUCAGAUAAGGCUGAAGAAGCAAGGAAACCAUUAGAAGAGAAUGAAGAUGAGGAUGACAUUGACACUGCAUUGUCAAAAGAAAUCAGUAAUUUGAAACAAGGUCCCAACAAACAGUGGCGAUUUAAUAUGAUUGAAUCAGGAGCUAAUAAUUGUGUCUUCAUCAAAACUACGGUUCUACCUGAUCCCACUGAAUUGGCUUAUUCCAUUAUGACAGACAUUGACACAACCAAGAAACAGAGGUCACGCUUUUUGUUGAGAUUAAUACCAGUAGAAACCACUUGCAAAGCAUAUAUGGAUGAUAUUCGGAAAAACGCUGCAGUGCUGAUUGACAAAUAUUUUUCAAAAGAAGGCAAGACAUUUGCAAUUGUAUUUAAUCAUCGAAAUAACAACAGUAUCAAACGCAAUGACGUUAUAGAGGAACUUGCAGAGAUGAUUAAAGUUCGGCAUGUGGACAAUAAAGUAGAUUUGUCUCAGCCUCGUCUGACCUUCAUCAUAGAAAUCAUACGCUCAAUGUGUUGUAUGAGCGUUGUGCCAGAUUACUUUAAACUUCUAAAGUAUAACUUGCUAGAAUUAUGUGGAAAAGGUGAAAAAGGAUCCAAGGAAGGACAGGCAAAUAAAGCUGAAGGAGAUGUGUGCAAUGAAGACAAUUCUCCAGUAGAGGAAAAGGAAAAACUAUCUCCAAAAAAAAGUGAUCAUGACAAUGACAAUACUGGAGAGACAGAAUCUGACAACACUCAGGAAAAGCAAUGUGGAGACAAACCAGUUGAAAAUACUGAAAGUCCAUCGGUAACCAAUCUGAAGCAGCAAGAUUCUAGCACCCUCAAAGAAGAAAAUUCUAAUAGCAACAAUGAUGAAAAAUAACCUUAACUCUAAGGUGGAGCUUUUUUUUUUUUUAAUUUAUUGGAUUUGUUAAUUUUUUACUUUUUUCUCACUGAGUGGUAAGUUUAGGAUGCAGUAGCCCAAGGGUUGGCUUCAAAGACUUUAAGAAGGAUCUAUUUGGUUUAAUUUUCUUUAUUAGGUUGACAUUUCUUGGAAUAAACUUUGAAAUAAAUAAAAAACCUGUUGAGUUAA